ACUCCAUCUUCCAAAGUGAAAGUAAAGAAAAGCCUUUCUCCAUUUUGAUUAAACGGUCACAACCUUUUUCACUUCUCUCUCUCUCUCUCUCUCUCUUCUCUCUCGCCUCUUCAUUCGUAUGGCCGGAGAAAUUAUUAAUGAAGUGGGGACGAAGAGAAGAGAAGAAGAAGAGGAGGAGGAGCGUGUCCAGACAAAAGAACCAAAAUGAAAUGGAAGCCAAAGAAGGAGUUUUCUGCAGGCGCAAGGGAAGGGUCGUGUCUCACUUAGACAGGCACCGAAUCCGCCAUUAAAGGCAAGGGCAUCGAUAAUAUGCUGCUCAGGAACUCCCUUUCCAACACCAGGAAGUUCUUCCAGAGAACCCUAAAGAGCUUCAAGUCCUUCAUCUCCGGCGGCGAUUACCAAAAGCUGCCGAAAACACCGAACCCCUUCGUCAACCCUUAUUCCAACGCCAGUGGAAGCACUGUGUACCCUCCUCCCUCCAAGGACUUGGACCAAUUCUAUGCCGACUUCACCGACCGAUGGGACUCCAACAACGGCAACCAUCAUAAGGCAAAGAAGGGAGGCAAGGACAGGGCCGCCACGUUCAUGGACACAGUUCAAGAAAAGGCGCACCAUGAAGAGCAUCCUCCUACGAAGUUGUCCUUGUCCAAGCCAACAACUCCAUCGAAGAAUGAUCACAGAGAGAGGAGAGAAUUCCCAGGCAAGAAGAUGGUGAGAAGCAGCUCUUCCUAUGACAAGAGGAGAGAGGGCUCAUCACGUUCCAAAAGUGUGAGGGAGGCGAGGAGUGGCUUGAUUGCACAGAAGCUGAAGGAGCUGGAGAAGAUGGACAUGAGCAACAUCGAUCACGUGCUAGACAUCGAAGAGGUCCUUCACUAUUACUCACUCCUCACUUGCCCGGCCUAUGUCGAGAUCGUUGACAAGUUCUUCACCGAGAUGUACAGCGAGUUCUUCGGGGUGCUGACGCCGACAGCUCAGGUAGGCCAAGUCCGCAACAGAUGAUGCCUCUUAACUUUCAACUUUCGGUCCCAUCAGAAGAUAUGGCAAAGAUGACGAAGAAAGGAGAAAUGAACUGGGGUUGGUCAUGUUAUUGCCAUGGCUCUUUCACUUGAGGUUCACAUAUUCUCAUCAACAGCUAGCCUCAAUUCCUGGUCGAGAAAUUGCAUGUCCUCAAAUUCUUUCUGGAGUCUUUUCUCCUGAAUGUGGUUGUACAUCGUAAUUUUACUGAUCUGUUCAUAUAAAUUUGCCUCCAUAGCGAGGGCGGUUUCUUUGGAGUCCGCCACUAGACAAGCGUUCUCUACGCAUGCAAUAAGAUACGGGAUUUUACUACGUAAUUUGGUGAAAACCACAUUGGAAUAAAUUGGAAUGGAUUGACCAAGUGAUAUAAAAGCUAGCUGCAACAAUAUUCAAA